AUGCAAGGCGGAUUUCCAACAGUCGUAACCAGUGAUGUCGACGUGAUUCAUGGGAUUUCUUUGAAGCAUUUUCACAGCUUCCAUGCAAAAAUCCCAAACCCACUUGAUCCGGACCCAGUGUCAGAUGAGCAUGUGCAUAUGUUUGCUUCUAGAGGUGAACGGUGGAAGCGAAUGCGCACUAUUACCAGCGAAGCGAUGUCCAAUAAGAACAUGAAACAACUUUUCCCCAUAGUGGAGGAGUCAGUUGUUAGCUUCUUGAACUAUCUGGAGAAACUCCCUUUCGAACAAGGAAUCGACGCUCACAAGCUGUUCCAGAAUCACACAAGUGAUGUUCUUGCUCGGUGCGCUUUUGGUCAAACUCGAUCACUUCAUGGAGAAAACUCAUACCACAAUAUUUUUUCUCAAGCUUUCGGACGUGAGCUACAGGCCAAAACGUUUUGCUGGAAUACAACGUCAAGUAUGUUCAAGCUGAAGUUUUCGCUCAGUGUGAACCAGCCUUUCCAUCAUUUCACUUUCGCGGCACAGUUCACGCUCAUUAUGUGGGCUGGUCAAGUUUACCGCUACACCUUUCUCACUAGUGCUCUUUCCACCUCCCCCACUUGCGGCGGAGGACUGAAUGAGUGA